AUGAGUGCGGUGCUCUUGAAAACCAGCCACGCUGACGCAGGGCUCAGCAGCCAAGCAGCACUGCAGGCAGGACAGGCAGGAGCAGGCAAGCAAGUGCCUCAGAAGUUUGCAGGUGCUGUGAAGUCUCAGCCCAGGACUCUGCAGUUAGUGGCAGCAAUGGCAUUCGUGCCUGACUUGGACACGCUGGAGAGCAGCAGACUUCACCACGUCCCUUUGCCUUUCAGCCUGAAUGAGGAGACGUUGUAUGGCCCCAGCUGUCUGUGCCCGCAGAAGGUAAGGCUGUGGUGGUGGGAGUGGUGGGGUCCGUGUUGUAUGGAAGCCAGGCUCUCACCCUACAUCCCCUUUCUUCCCUAGAAGACCCGGCUGAACUUGGAGGGGACAUCGCCUGGGGUGGGCAUCCAGGUGACAGUGACAAAAGGACCCCUUUCCAGGACCUUUCGCCAGGCUGCCGUCCUGGUGGUGGCUGUGACCAAGCUCUUGAAGCAGCCAGCACGCAAGGACUUUGCAGACAGUGACCUUGGCAGCUUCUUGGAUGAUAUUUUCGAGCCUGUCUCCUUCCAGUGCAUCAAGAGCAGUUAUACCAGGGCACCCGUUUUCCGCUACACUCGCUCCCAGUCCUUCGACAUCCUGGACAUUGACCACAAGUGCUUCGUACUGGAGUCACCCACCCAGCUGGUGGCCCUGCACCUGCAGGGACCCUCUGCUGGACAGAAAGUGAAGCUCAACAUUGCUCUGUACCGUCCCCGGUCAUCGCAGGGCGCUCCAGGCUCUGGGAGGGUGCCGGUGGCCUUGGGCAUCAAGGGCUACCAGCUCUACAUGUCAUGUGUGAUGAGUGGCACCAAGCCCGUGCUGCAGCUGGAGGAAGCUGACAUCAGGAGGGAUAUUGAGAGCGUGGAGCUGACCCGCUUCAUCUUCUACCGCCUGGACAGCCCAGCUGAGGGGACCACACGCUUCGAGUCGGCCGCCUUCCCCGGCUGGUUCGUCUGCACAUCCCUGCAGCCCCGCCAGCCCGUGGGCAUCACCAACACCCCAGACCAGGUGAACAUCGCUACCUACGAGCUGAGCGGGCGCUGAAGACCCUGCACCAACCCAACCCAACCGGCAGUCACCGGUUUUCAGGCUGUAUGUACUAAGUACAACCCCUGGGACACAACCUCCCUCCUCAUCUAUUUCAUGUGAAAUAGCAGCUCUAGGCCCCAUGGGCUCGAGCCAUCCCAGUCUCUAUAUUUGUAUUUAUUUAUUUAUUGUGUCUUCCCAUUGCUUUGGUACUUACUUGUUGUACCCCUUAUUUAUUUUUGCUUUUAACUUGUAUGUGGAUGGAGGUGGAAAUAAAAAGUUUUCUAGGACAGCAUAGCUCAGCUCAUUACUCAUGGGGGAUGCAGUUACGGAUGGGAAAAUCCUUCUGCUUUGGCUGCUUUUUGGGUGAAAAUCCAGGGCAUGGGGGGCCACCCCACAGCCCAGGGACCACCCUGACCCAUGCAGGACCCUCCACCACUCUGUCUCCGUGCCCGCACCACAGCUGGGAGGUGACAGAGGUGGGCAUCCCAUAGUGGAUCCCUGUCAGCUGCCUGAAACUGUCACCUCUGCCCCAGCUAUGGCCAGCAAAUGGCAAG